AUGAGCACGGCCUACCACCCGCAGACGGACGGACAAACUGAAGUAGUCAACCGAUGUUUGGAGCAGUACCUACGCUGUUUUACGCAGCAACAUCCACGGCGAUGGCUAGCAUUGCUUCCCUGGACUGAAUUUUGGUACAAUUACACGUACCAUCGCAUGAUAGGGACAUCCCCAUUCCGAGCCCUCUACGGUCGUGAACCACCUACGGUCAUUCCAUAUCAUGUGCAGACCAGCCCAGUAGUGGGAGUCGAUGAGUUAUUACGCGAACGCGAUGCGGCCUUGGCUAGUCUGCGAAAGAACUUAGCGGCAGCUAACUUGAAGGCCAAGCAACUCGCUGAUGCUAGUAGGCGAGACGUGACGUAUGAAGCGGGAGAGUGGGUUUUGCUGCGCCUCCAUCCGUAUCACCAAUCUAUGGUUUUUAGGCGGGCAUCUCAGAAGCUUGCAGCACGAUAUUUCGGGCCCUACCGCAUUCUAGGACGAGUGGGCGAGGUAGCCUACCGGCUAGAGUUACCCGAGGGAGCACGGAUUCAUCCGGUUUUCCACGUAUCACUACUCAAGAAAUAUGUGGGUGAUCCGGAAAUUGUGCUCGCCGAUGCGCCCUCUGUUAAUGACGACGGUGAGCUGGAGAUUUUUCCACAGGAAGUGCUAGGCCACUGCUGGACCCGAGUGCGAGGAGGAGUGAUCGAAGAAUGCUUAGUACGAUGGCGCCAUUUGCCGCGCGAGGAGGCCACUUGGGAAAGCUACGAGGAGAUUCGUCGUCGAUUUCCUGAAUUUGACCUUGGGGACAAGGUCGCACUUCAGGGGGGGGGGGAUUGA